AUCUCCCUUGUUUCGCCUAGGCAAUUCGGCACCAAAGUUCUCUGCCUUGGCACUGGAGACCUUGUCUUCCCUCAACCGUAAGGGGGCCUCCCAUCCUCUGCCCUUGCCGGUCCUAGCCAGUUGCUGCCUUCCAAGUUGAUACAGAGGAUGGUUUCUCCCGCUCCUCACUGGAUGAGGAGAUCUCGCCGGCACUAUCUAGUCCGGUGGAGGAAGAGGUCACAACCACGAGUUCUAGCACCGGGUCGUGUCGUCGCCGGGAAGCCCAAGGUGGUGUUCGUGCUCGGCGCCACGGCCACGGGCAAGUCCAAGCUCGCCAUCGCCCUCGCCGAGCGCUUCAACGGCGAGGUGAUCAACGCCGACAAGAUCCAGGUCCACGACGGGGUCCCGAUCAUCACCAACAAGGUCACCGAGGAGGAGAAGUCCGGGGUGCCCCACCACCUCCUCGGCGUGGUGCACCCCGACGCCGACUUCACCGCCGAGGAGUUCCGCCGCGAGGCGGCCGGCGCCGUCGCCCGCGUGCUCUCGGCGGGGCGCCUCCCCGUCGUUGCCGGCGGGUCCAACACCUACAUCGAGGCGCUGGUGGAAGGCGACGGCGCCGCCUUCCGCCGGGCGCGCGACCUCCUCUUCAUCUGGGUGGACGCCGAGCGGGAGCUGCUCGAGUGGUACGCGGCGCUGCGCGUCGACGACAUGGUGGCGCGCGGGCUCGUCGACGAGGCCCGCGCGUCGUUCGCCGGCGACGGGGCCGACUACACCCGCGGCGUCCGCCGCGCGAUCGGGCUCCCGGAGAUGCACGCGUACCUGGCCGCCGAGCGCGAGGGCGCCGCGGGCGCGGCCGAGCUCGCCGCCAUGCUGGACCGCGCGGUGCGCGAGAUCAAGGAGAACACCUUCCACCUCGCCCGCGCCCAGACGGAGAAGAUCCGCCGCCUGAGCGGGCUCGACGGCUGGGACGUCCGCCGGGUCGAUGUCACCCCCGUUUUUGCGCGUAAGGCCGACGGCGGCGGCGCUGGGGACGGCGACGACACCUGGAAGAAGCUCGUCUGGGAGCCUAGCGAGGCAAUGGUGAGGGGUUUCCUCCAGGAGACGACCCCGGCCCCUCCGGCUGCCUCCGUCCCAACUGUUGUCGCCGCCGGCCGUGAUGAUGCCGGCGCCGUCGCCACCGCGGCCACCCCUGAUGUCGCCAUCGCUGCCGGUGGUGGCAACGCGACGAAGAACACCGUGUGAUCUAAACCCUAAACCCGGCAGGGUGGCGGCUUAUGCUUUAUCGUACAAGUAUCCAUUAGGGAUGAAGUCAUCUCAAUCUCUGGUAUCGAUCGAGUCGAGUCGAGUCCUCGGGAAACAGUACCCCUUUCACAUGUUUACUUUUACCUUUCAAAUGUACCAGUCGUCGGAGUCGAGUCCAAAAAGAAUGAAAACAUGAAAACAU